UCACCAUUGCAGUGAGGCAACCCAAAAACACAACAAUUUGCUCAAAAAAAGUAAGGCUGAGAGUUUCUCUUUCCCCUUUUUUUCUUCAACCCAUUUUUCACAAAAAUUGAGUGAGCCUUCAGAGUUCUUCAGAUCUGAUUUUUCUCUUAAUUUUUCCCCCUAAUUUCUGUAAUUCCCCGCUUCUUGGAUUCCCUUUCUGUUGAUAAUUCAUCUGUCUUUUUUGAAAAAAUUUAAUGGUUUGAUGUUUUGGAAGGUUAAUUAUAUCUUAUAAAAGUGAGUUUUUAUAGAAUUUAUUUCGAAACCAAGAUAUCAAGCUUUUGAUUUUAAAGAAAGGAUAGGUGUUUAUUUUUACAGAAUCGUGAUUCCGAUUUUUUAAUUUUUGUUUAAAAUCGAAUCGAAAUCUUUUGGGUUUUCAGCUACGAGGGUAAAUUUUUACUCCCUCGAAAGUUGGUUUUUAUUAAGUUAGAAGAAAAGAGAAGAGAAGAGAAGAGAAUUCUAUUUGUUUCUACUUCUCUCAAUUUUUAUUUUAUUUUGAUUUAGUGUUAAUAUUUUUGGACUAACCUGUUCUUGAAUUUUACUAAGUAGCAGGUUGAUUAUUUUUAUUUUAUUUUAUCUUGUUUGAAUCUCACCAAAAAAAAAAAAAAAAAAAAAAACAAAAAUAAUUUACUCAUUUUGCAGGUUAAAAAUGGCAGCAACAGCAAUGGAUAUGAUGUUUAGUAAUAGUAGUGCACAAAUUAGUUCAGACCCAUUUGGGAAUGAACUAAUGGAAGCACUCUCACCUUUUAUGAAAUCAAAUCAAUUAUCAUCCACUCUUCCGCCUUCUUCCCCUUCAACCACCUCAUGUUAUUCUUUUCCGCCGCCGGCUUCGGCGUCGUUUUGUCUGUCCUCAUCUUCCUCUUACAGUCUAGAUCCCUCCACCACCACCACCACCACCUCUUUGUUUCAGGAUGGUUGCUAUUCAGAGCAGGCCCCGUUUUAUGGGCUAACCCAUCAAGAUCCAUCAACUACUUAUGGGCUUACCCAUUUCUUCCAAGCCCAAUUUAGUUACCCACAGGCCCAACCCCAAGCCCAAGCCCAACCCCAAGCCCAACAAAUGAGCUAUUCUUUUCCACCACCACUUCCUUCCUACCAAUCCAGUAAUAUCAAUAACUUUCUGUCUCCCAAACCUGUUACCAUGAAAUCUAACGGUGUUGCCCCGAAGCCGACUAAGCUUUACCGGGGCGUGAGACAACGUCACUGGGGUAAAUGGGUCGCUGAGAUCCGUUUGCCUAAGAACCGGACCCGGCUUUGGUUAGGUACCUUUGAUACGGCUGAAGAAGCCGCCUUGGCUUACGACAAGGCGGCUUAUAAGCUAAGAGGUGACUUUGCUAGGCUGAAUUUUCCUAAUCUCCGCCAUGAAGGGUCCCACAUCGGUGGCGAAUUCGGCGAGUACAAACCCCUUCACUCCUCUGUUAACGCUAAACUUGAGGCUAUUUGUGAGAGUUUGGCUAAACAGGGGAAUGAAAAACAGGGGAAAUCUGGAAAGUCGAAAAAGAAAGAUAAAGAUAUUGUUGUUACUUCAUGUUCUUCAUCGAGUUGCUGUACGACUGUCGCGGCUGCUGCUUCUAGCGAAGCAGCGUCGCAACAGCAGCAGCAAAUUUCACAACAAUCGAUGAUGCAACAUGGUGAUGUUAAAGCCGAGAGCACCUCCGAUAGCGAGGUGGGUUCCGGUGGAUCAUCGCCGUUGUCGGAUUUGACAUUUGAAGAUAACGAAGACAUGGGAUCGGAAAACUUCUUGUUGGCGUCGCAUCCAUCUCGUGAGAUCGAUUGGGAUGCUUUAAAUUUGUCUAAGUAUGGGUUAUUAUUAAGUUAGGAGUUAAAAUGUGUCAUCAUAAAACUCAUGUAAUGUUUUGUGUAAAUUUUUUUUCUUUUAUUUUUAAUUAAAUUAGUAGGUUGUUAGUGGGUAGUUUCAGGGCAGGAGUUAUCUCUACAAUGAAGUUUUUGGAAAUUGUAGGGACUCCAACAAUCUUCUUUGGUGAGGCAAGUGUUUUUUUUAUCUUGCCUUUGAUCAAAUGAAGGGUAGUUUUUUUCUUAUUGUUUUUUUUUAUGUUUAUAGUAGAAAAUUUUAGGAUUGUAAUUUGAUGAUCAUUUUUAGUGAAGUAUUAUUAUUGUUAUUAUUAUUAUUA